UCUCGCGUGCACAAUUUGGCGCUCCAAGUAUGGGAGGUAAUCCUAUGACCGGACAAAGUCCGGGAAGUGGUGGUGGGUUUGACCCGACAAAUCUCAUGGGUAAUAAUCCAAACGGCAAAGGAAACAACGGAUUUGAUCCAUCAAGCCUUUUGGGUGGCGCCAACCCGUCAAGUGGAGGUGGCAUCGAUCCGGCGAUGCUCACAGGUCAGCCACAACCACAAAAACAAGCACCUAAAAGUGUACCUCAAGGCAAUGGUCAGGGGGCGCCCGCUAAAGCUCCUUCACCACAAGGUACGGGAAAAACUCCAGCUCAGCCCUCCAACACUGGAGAGAACAAGGCACCAUCUUCAGGAACUCCCAAUGCAACUCCCACUAAAAGCAAAACCGCAGCGACACCAGACGUUCGAAAACUUGCGUGGCAAGAAAAAGAAAAGGCAUGCAUUUUGGUUAGUGGGCCUCCUAACAAUACUAUCAUCCAACCCCAAUCCAAGCAGCGCAUAUCAUGGAACCAGUCCCCUUGUCAAAUGAGUGCGAGAGUUGUCGGAAUGUUUCACGUUUUUUUGUAUAAUAAUUUGCAAGCGGUUCCAGAUGAGAAAGCAGCAAAGAAACGAGACAUAGUAAAAAGGGAUUACUCUUCUAAUGGCAAGAUCAUAUAUGACUGGGGUCCGUAUCCUAUCGCCACCAAUUUGACCAACACGACUAAUAAUUAUGACUGGACCGUUCCAUAUCUUUAUAACGAACCUCGAAUUAAGAACGCGUCGAAUUUUUAUAUCCGAGUUGAAACAAUUUCGAGAUCAGGGAUCUUUGGUGCCACUCCGCCUUUAGGAGGUACUUACGGACCAAUCCAAAUCGCCAUGAAGGAACCUCCGUUAGGUUGGAACGAAACUCAUGCCGAUUCUUCUGUUUCAUCUGGUGCUCAAAAAAUGAUUUCGCCCCCAUCAGCGGCGAUUAAGAUUAAUGUUACGAGACUCAUAUUUAUUAUUGGUUUAUUGGUCAUUUUCAGCACAGCUUACGUAAUGCGAAGUUAA